UAUUGUAGGCAGUGGAAGAAGCCUUUGUACCAGUCAUAAAAAUGAAUUUUGAUGGUAUAGAAAUCGACAUGUUAUUUGCAAAGUUAACUCUUAAAGAAAUUCCAGAUACAAUGGAUCUCAAGGAUGACAUGCUACUCAAAAAUCUUGAUCAAAAGUGUGUCAGGAGUCUCAAUGGUUGCAGAGUAACUGAUGAAAUAUUGCGCUUAGUACCUAAUAUAGAAAAUUUCAGAUUGGCCCUUAGGGCUAUAAAAUUAUGGGCGAAACGACAUGGCAUAUACAGCAAUGUCUUAGGUUAUCUGGGUGGUGUAUCCUGGGCGAUGUUAGUCGCUCGAACAUGUCAGCUUUAUCCUAAUGCCGUGGCUGCAACUCUAAUAGAAAAAUUUUUCCUUGUAUUCUCUCAAUGGAAAUGGCCACAACCGGUACUCUUAAAACAACCUGAUACUGUCAAUCUAGGUUAUCCAGUUUGGGAUCCAAGAGUAAGAAAUUCUGCUUUUAUAUUUUGCAAAUAAAUAUCGCUUUUAACAAUAUAAAUAUCU